AAGAGACGAAAAAAGGUGAUGGCAAUUAGGUUUUCCUGUUGAAUGGUUUCCGGCGGCGGGUCUCGAGAUGUGUCUUGGUGGUUUCUUGUUGGGUUUACGGUUCGUCGGGAUGGGGAUCUGCGAUCUCUAUUGCCUUUAACGGUGGUGGAUCAGAAUCGGGUGGAUAAGGAAUCUGGGACUUGGGGAGUGAGGGAUAUCGCUUUUCCGGAAUCUGGAUUGGGUGUUUGGCGGUCAUCCCAGAUUGUGAAAGAUCCGAUUCGUUUGGAGAUUGCUCUGGUCUCUAAGGGAUUUGAUUGUGGUUUUAAUGGGCGAUUUGGUUUUGAAAAUAGAAAGAGUGGGAUCUGGUUCCAGAAGUUUUCGGGGUUAUCAUGGCUCAACUGAAUCUCAACAAGGGUAAGGCAGCCUUGGUUCGAACAGAGACAGUGAAAAUCUCAAACUCAAUGAUGGCGCAACGUAUUCAACAGUUCUCUCGUACUCUCAUUAGGAGAUUAAUGAAUCCUUCGGUUCAGCGAAUGGAAUCCUUGGUGGCAAAUUUUCCAAAGAUUUGGAAGCUCGAGGAGAGGGUUGAAGGUGCUGAUUUGGGUCAGGAUACAUUUCAGUUUAAUUUUGAAACAGAGGAAGAUCUCCAAGGUGUGUUAAGGAACGGUCCUUACCACUUCGAUAAUUGGAUGUUAUCUUUGGUUCGAUAGGAACCUAUCAUUUCAGAUACUUAUCCUUCCGCCAUUAACUUCUGGGUUAAAGUUUCGGGGAUUCCUAUGCAUUUUUGGGAGGUUGCAACCCUUCACGCAAUUGGUAACAAGAUAAGAAUUCUUCGUGAGGUGGAUGAGGAAACUGGUAGUCAGUUUGUGACUAUCAAUGGUUUUAAUCCUCUGAUCUUCCACCUUGUGGUCCCGUUCAAUACUGGUGAUGAGGUGGUGGCCUCGCUAGAGUAUGAGAAGUUGCUCGGUUAUUGCAGACAUUGCUUUCGGCUAACACAUGAUGUGAAGGUAUGUCCAGAGCUAAGAAAGAAUGAGGGGGGUCGUGGUCCGGGGGAUGUUGCUGAUAGGAGGGGAGGAUCGUGGAAUCAGCCAUUGUUAAAACCGAAUGCUCAACAUUUUGAGGGUGGUUGGGAAAAGCCAAGGAAAUUUGCUAAACGUUCCCUGGAUUUUAAUUCAGAGACAACUCGAGACAGGGAUCAGCAGCAGCCGCGUAUUGGUGAGAGUUCAAAGAAUGGUUCUAGAUAUCAGGCUAAGAAUCACGGAAAUUUGGGCCAGCAAAGGAGUUAUGGGAGAUAUAUAGAGGCUAGAGAAGGUGCUGGUAAUUUCAUGGUUCAUCAGUCACGAUCGCAUCCUCCUAGAAAGGGGAAUGGUCCUACUUGGCCAAAACCCUUGUAUCAGGCGAAGCAGAAGCUAGGUUCACAGGCUAAUGUUGUUCAUGAGUCCAUACUUCCUACGGCUGAUGACUUGGUGGACCGGGAGAAGGAUUCACUGAUGGAGGAUGCUAAUGGGAUUAGUGGUGGAGACAACGACCCUGGGUUCUCGGUGAGCUCUGAUGAUCUUCUCGAAGAUGGGGAAUACCAAGAGGGGGAGGCUUCGGGUCUGGUUGAGGAUACUGCUGCUGAUGACAAUGAGGUUCAGACGGAUACGGAGAAGGGUGUGUCCGAGACCGAGGACGAUGCUCCACAAGGUAAUGGUUCUAUCUCUUCUUCCAUUGUUGAGGAUUUGGGGCAUGUUAAUCAGGCUUUGAAAGAUUUUAAGUUGGGAAACUCUAAGGUUAUUAAGGCUAAGAGGAUUGGUUUCUCUGGUCCUAAGGGUGGUAGGGGGGAUAAACGACAUGUUGUAGCUAUUGCUUCACCGGGUAAACGGUUACUAGCUAAAGCCUUGUUGCUGAAAUCUGCAGGUGACGUUGGUAAGAAUAAAGGGGUUGUCAGGCCAAAUCAGAGGAAGUCAGAGGGUGGCAAUAUGGGAGGAGGAACCCGCAAACAGAAAAAAGGGAUGGUGGCUCUCCCAAAACCGCCGGCUCAAACGUGAAGAUCAUAAGAUGGAACUGUCAGGGCAUUGGUGCAGAUCUGACAAAGAACUAUUUGCAGGAUUUAUGGAAGCAGAAUAAACCAGAUAUUUU